ACGACUGGCUGCUUCUCCAUGAUUGAUGGCUCAUUGCACCUAUGCUGCUCUGUUCUACUCUAAUCUGCUCUACUCUGCUGACUCUGCUGCUCGCUCCCUUCUUUCCGGCGCCUGACCUCCUGACGACGUUGAGCACCAAACCCUCCAUCAUACCAACACAUCCUUACCUGACUCCUAGCUACAAUCAGCUCAGCUCAUCUGUAGUACCCAAACAUCGUUUGCUUCUAUUUGCUUCAAGCAUCAGCACGCACAAGCUCUUUGUACUCCCUAAGAAUGACCCUCCGUGUCGCGCGCCAGUUGCAGGCAGAGUCGGCAAACCUCUCGAGCAAUAUCAACAGCUCGCAACCUUCAGCGACACCGCGAGAGAGAGAUUCAACCCUGCGCUCACUGCCUGGACGCCGAAGAUCGCCAUUCAAAAAUGCAGGAGCAUUCAAGCUCGAUCACACUCUCAAUUCAACCCCAAGGGCUGAUUCAGCCCGGCCAAGUUCGCCAUUCAAAUCAGCACCAGCCUUCAACCUAGUUUCAGUACCAAUCGCUUCUCGUGCGGCUGAGGCGGCUGCUGUUGCUGCUGGUAAAAGACAACGCGCUGGUCUAGACACACGCAAGGACUUUGAGCUUGCACAGCUUCUGUCUUCGGUGCAUGCACCAUCAUAUCCCCUGUCGUCUGCCUCUUCAGAAAGCGGAUCAACAUGCUCAAGUCAUCUCGAGACAGCGCUUCAUGUUCUUGACGCAAGGCUACCUAACACGCUUGCGCUCAUGGAUUAUCUCAACCGACCUGAAUGUCUCGCCUCGCCGAGCCGGACCUCUUCAUUGAUUGGCACUAAGCAGAGUUAUCGUCGUCCCGAACAACCACUUAAAGGCGCCUCAAGCAGAAUGGAUUCGUGUAGUAGGAAAAGCAGUUAUACUGCACUGUAUAAAGACGAAAAUGGUCAACCGGCGCAAUACUCAAGCAACAUGGCUCCAAAGAGCAUGCACCUGACCGCACCGCUGCUAGCACCAGAUCUCUUCGAUCAUAGUCGGCGCAUUCAGACUUCAGCAGACAAGACAUUUUCCCAGCAUGGCAUACCGAGCUCCAUGCGUAUGCACACCAAGGUCCAUGAUUCGACGCGCUUCCAGGAUCUUUACAAUCGCCUACGGAAUUUGCCUUCCUCUGAGCCACAGACUCGCAAAUCUAUGCAGCCAGCCACGCCCAAGACUCCUACUUGGCGUCCACAACAUUUGCAGCAGAGCCAAGGACUUGCGCGCCUCAGUCGGUCUGUGCAAUCGCCAUGCCGCCAGAGUCCUGCCAGUGAGCCUCGACCACGCAUGCAGAUGCAGCCCAAGCCAAGCACCAAUCAAGUGAGUACUCCAGCAGACAAGUUUGUGACCAUGUCAAAGAAGGACCGCCGGGUAUCUCGUGUGCCCAUCCCUGCGUGCUUCCAGGCUUGAGUGUAUUGAGCCUCGUUUCGUUUUGUGCCUGAUUAGCGUUUGUGUGUAGACUGUAGUCAGCCCUUGGCUUGUACGCUUGGCUUCUCUCGUGAAAGUGAAAAGACUUGAUUCUGAGGCGCUGUGCCUUGGCGUACCCACUGGCAAAAUUCAUGUGUGCU